AUGUCGGGAGCAGCAGGCUCGGCCGGGGCGUGGAGCAAGUGCGGAGCCUGUGGGCGAUGCGAGUACAACACGAUCCUGGUCGAGAAGGAUAGGAGGUGCAAGUGUGGCAGGCAAGUCAAACUGUUCAAGCCGAAGAAGACCGCCACUGCAGACACUCUCCAGUCCAACCAGCUGAAGACCGUCGGGGCCGGCAAGGGCAGCGACACGUUGGCAUCGACGGAGGAUCCUUUGUUCAGGAAGUUGCUCAGCGACGAGAUCGCCAAGCUGGAAGCGACCCAGACCAAGCCCCUCCAGAGCAAGGAGGAGGUCUUGCGACACGCCUCCGGAGUUUGGCGCGAUGCAUCGCUCAAGCACGACCAGGCCAUUAAUGCCGUGGUCAAGGCGCAGGACAACCUCGACAAGGCACAGCAGAGGGAACGCGAGAUGGCUUUGGCUUUAGCCAGGGCUGAGGCAGCCAGACGCCUGGCCGCACAGGGCAUGGCCAUGGAGAUGGGCCUCAGCAGCAGCGAGAGCUCCACCGCCCAGGAGACCGACAGGGCGGCGCUGAAGGCGCUGGAGCAGGAGCUGCGCAGCGCGCAGGCACUCAUGGAGGUUAAGCACACAGAGGUCAAGGCGUGGAACGAGAAGAUGUCCGCGCUGAAGGCGAAGAUCGACGAGCGGCUCAGGAAGAAGAGGCGGCAGGACGGCGACGCGGCGGCUGCGGGCGACGGCGGCGCGCUGGGCGGCCCGUGCGCCCCAGGCGCCACGGGCGCGAGCGGCGGCUCAGCGGUCGCAGCGCCGACGGCCGCCGCGCCAGGCGCGGACGGCGCCGUCGCGGUGGAGGCGGCCGCCGCCGAGGCGCAGCGUGUGCAGGAGGCAGCCGACCGCAUCAGCGCGGCCAAGCUGGCGGCAGCACAGGCGGCGAAGCAGGC